UUGUGCUCCAAGCCAGUGUUUUUCGCAGUGAAGUGAACGGAGCUUAAAACUCGUGACAGUCUCUACCUCCCAUCGUAUAAUCGUCAUCUGGAUCUACUUCAUAUAUGUCACAGUGAGAGCGGACUACGACGCGCUGCGCGAUUGUUGAUAGUUCACUUUAAAUGUCACACGGUGAAUCCAGUUGAUGCUGUCUUCUUCUUGGAUUAACGACGACGUUCCGUUUCGCCAGAUUGCCAUUCGCUAUCUGUACCAAUAUUCGGACACAAUGAGCUCGUCGAUAUCCAUGAGCAACACCGGAUCACCGGCCACUGCUACGGGUAUGGAGACCGUGGUGGCUGUUGCUCUGGGCGCGCUCGCCGCUGUAUUUCUCGGCGCGCUUCUGGUACUCCUUGUGAUAUGUCGCAGACAACGUUGCUAUUACAACCAGAAGGAUUCGGCAGAGUUGAGUUCCGAUCUGCUCGAGGGAGAGAAUAUCACUGGCUUGGGAUUGGAUGUGUGGGAGAGCGAAGAGUGGUUGGCGGGUGCUGAAAGAUGGGUGGACGAUGCUACCGGCUUGGCUCCGCCUUGUAUAGCAGUACUCCGAUCUUGCCACGCUCUUGCUGCCAGUCUCACCACCAUCGCUGGGACUGUCAACAGCAACACUGUCCCAUUAGAGAUAGUAGACGUCGCUCGGCGUAUACCGCCCCGCGUAGAUGACGUUGUCCGCAGCUUGUAUCCGCCACUGGACGCCAGGCUUCUGGAAGCCAGAGUGGCGGCUCUGGUGUUGGCUGUGACCCACUUGGCUCUGGUAACAAAACACGGAGUGCCAAAGAGCCAGGCCAGAAAACUAGCAUUCAUCGAUCAAGCUUUAAACGACAUGGACACGCAUUUGCUGGUGUUGAGAAAUGCGGCGUUGGCUCAAGAAGUGGUCUGCUCCAUCCCGGCCUCCACGCCGGUUUAAAAUAUUCAUUGUUAGAUCUCUUGAAGGAAUCUCUCUCUCGAAUGUUUCGCACAGUAUUUUGUAAUUUUCGAAACAUUUUGUUCAUAAAUUUUAUUCUGGUAAAAUCGUUAUGCGAAAAAUGAGCGAAGAAAGCCGUACGGAAUAUACAAGUCGAUAGACUCGCAACAAAUUGUAACAUGUAUAUACUAUAUAGAGAAUAUUUCUCGCGCUGCUUUUCGAGCGACAAAUACUCAAUUACGGAUCAAUCACUGAUCUCAAGGCAUAAAACUCAAAAUGAACAAAACUCCAAGUUGCUGGUAAAAAAUUGUCAAUAUUUAUAUAUAUAUAUAUAUAUAUAGAGUAUAUAUAUAGUUGUUUAUUUUGAGUUUUAUACAAACGUCAAUUAUAUUAUUAUAUUAUUAUAAAAAAUGCAUAUAUAUAUUAAAUACACGCAGCGUACGGAAGUAUCAUGAGGAAUAUAUAUAUAUAUAUAUAUAUAUAUCUUUCUUGCAUAUCUUCGUAUGAUAGUUUUAAAUCUUUCGAUGAAAAUCUGCUAAGAGUCGUUAGUUCUUGUUUACAAUACACAGAAAUAUAUGUGGAAAUGUGCUGUCUUCCAUUGUUAUAAUAGGUAUUUAUAUAUACGUACACAGAUAAAAAUUGUAUUUGUGUGGAACUAUAUAUAUAUAUAAUCGUACCUGCGUUUG